AUGCCGGCCAUGAGUAACCUCAAGCCUGCCAUCUUUGCUGCCGGCAGCUUGUUCAUGCUGGCAGUGCUCUAUCUGCUGCUUAGGGAAGAAGUGGAGGAAGAGAACGGCUCCACUUCAGACAGCAAGGACCCGAAGCUGUUGCUCAAGGAGGUGCUGACUCAGCUGCUGGACGUGGAGCGGCGGGCAAAGAAAGUGGUGGAGGCGCUUGUCAAAGAUUUGCUGGCUGGCAAGGACAUUUCUAUGGCCGAAGCCUACCAGCGGGUAGACGCAUGUGAGCUCGUCGACCCACUGGAGAAGCAAGGACUUAGCAUCCAGGAGUUUGAGGCGAUGGUGGCAGCAUCGCAAAACGACCCUUUCGUCAUGGAGUCAAUGGUACGGCUUUCGGGACAGCACCCAGAUGACCUGAAGCCAGGCAGGGACCUGGAAGCCUCGAAGAUCUUGGAAAUGAAGGAGUUUGCGCUGGAGGAGCUGGAGAAGCUCGUGACCAGCUUGUUAAAAGAGCCAGAUGCGUCCUCAAAGGAUUUCAAAGCGGCAACAGUUGCUCUCAAGGCCCUCGUGCACGCCAAAGUGGAGAAGGCUCACGGGAUCGCGGCAGAUGAGGUUGAGACAGCAGCCGUGAUGAAGCAGGAGGAGCUUCUCAGCAAUCCCAAGUUUGUCGAAAUCUUGAAGCGCCAGCAAGUAGCCAUGCAGAAGUUGAUGAGCACCUUGAGCAGCACUUUGAUCGAAAUAUCUUUCAGCCUUCAAGUGUCUCCAACGUCAUCGAGGUUUCUUUUGCAGGCUGAGCCUUAG